AUGCCGACAGUAACUCUACCGCCGAAAGAAAACGCUCUCUUUAAGAGGAUCCUGGUGAGUUUAUUUUUUAGAGGCCGUUUUGUGUCCGCUUGCUGCCCGCAUGGAGAGCGGUCUGAUCGCCGGAGCUCAGUCAGGCUCUCCGGCUGAAUGAGCUAGCCCGGCCCUGACCUGCGCUGUCACUGUCAAGACAAAAUGCUUGUUCAUGACUUUGUUUUGACUCUGGCAUAAAUGGUGGGGAUUAUAAAUACAAUGCACAAACUAAAUACAAUGGAGACAGUUUUAAUAGUUAGACUUUAUAUCAGGCCUCUCUGCUGGUUUAACACAACAACCGACAGUUUAAGCUAGCUCCCACGAUGGCUAGCUCGCUAUCCGAUGUAACCUAAAUGUACGCUUCUAAGUCAGCUUCUCAAUCUGUGUUGGUGUUUUAAUAUCAAAAACUCAAAGUAAAGCCAACUAAUUUACCCGGGGAUAGUUGUGUGUUAAGUUUACACCAAACGGAGGCCAUGCUAACCUACUUUACCUAUUAGAUAUUAGCUAAUCGGCUAACGUUAGCCGGGAAGCGUCAUGUUUGCUGGUUUAGCAGACUGAAGGGAACUGUCAGUGUUAGGUUAACUAUGCGACACUAAAGUUUGUACUCAUUUCUGUGAGCAGUGUUAGUCCGAGCCGCUGGAAGGGUCAGUGCAUGUGUGGAGUAAGAGGGAAAAACCGGUGUGACUGUGUCAGCAAAUCUGUAGCAGCCUCAGGCCUGCAGUGCUUUGGCAACUAGCUACCACCCAUCCCUCCAUACAUACAUACAUACACCUCUCUGUGCAGUAGUGUUUGAGCUCUUGUUUAGCUCCAAUGUGUAUUUUCUAUCUCGAAACAGUUGCUUGUUAUGGAGCGUGAAAAGAGUGGAUGAGGAUUAGUGCUAAAUAUUUCAAAAUGUGGGAUGAGCUAUAAAAGAGAUGUAGUAUGCAGCACAUCCAACUAGUUGUUUUAUGUUUCUGUGAUGGCUAUCUGGGUAUGUUUUGGCGUUUUUGCAUGGACAUCUAGGUGCAUACUGUCCAGGAUUCAUGUGUGAAGUGCAGCCACCACUUCAGCUUGCACAGACAAACACUAUUGUUUGGAAGGUCAGGGGGCUCUGUUGGGAGUUGGUGGAUGUUUAUUUGGACAUUGGCAAAAGGUUGGCAUUCAGUUACUCUUCCUCUGGCAGGAAAACAGACCUGUGACCUGCACCUGAUUCAGAAAAGUUGAGGCCUGUAUUUACUGAAUGCCGCACAGGGGUAUUGUUUCCCCCGGGACUGCUGCUAAAAUCUUUUGAAUUGGCAUUGAGACCUUAAAACUAACUUUCCAGGAAGUCCAUGGCGGGGGUAAAGUUUUGCCAAACAUAAGCGGUCGUUCUCAAGUCCAGUCCUUGAGUCCCACUGUCCUGCAUGUUUUGGAUGUUUCCCUGCUCCAACACACCUGAUUCAAAUGAUCAGCUCGUUAUCAAGCUCUGUUAAGUCUUAAUAACGAGCUAAUCAUUUGAAUCAGGUGUCCAGGACAGUGGGCCUCGAGGACUGGACAUUACAACCACUGAUCUACUGAAUGAAGACUCAAUUUUAGGUCCAUAUUGUCAUUAAAACACACACACACACACACACACACACACACACACACACACACACACACACACACAGAAAUAUAGGUUAUAAAUGUAAAAACUGAGCAAAAUUGUUUUCCAUAACAAGUAUACCUUGUGUCACUCAGUGUGGGAUGAGUGAGUGCCAUUGUGAACUUAUUUUCUGAAUCAGUUGAUUGAUACAGAAACUAAGAGGAUUUCCCAGUUGAAGAAUAUGCUGGUUUGAAGGGGGACUCAUGAUGACUUUUCUGUGAAACAAUGCAGAAAGUACAACUAAAUCCUUCGAUAUUAUAACACUUAAUAAUUUUGUUGUGCAAUACGUAACUGCAGGAAACAAAUGUUGAGCAGAAAACAUGUACCGCACGUUGUCUUUCACACCCCACUACCACCAGUCUCCUGUUAGUCUUAGUUUUUCUGUUAGCAUCUAAAUUUGUUAGGUGGAAAAUAGAAGCAGUCUAUCUGAGGGACAUGUCAAACUUUUCACAGCCAGAGAACUGUGUCAAAAACUUGUCUGGGGGACGUUGAGGGAGAGGGGAGGACGAAAGCCUUUUCUUCCUCUGAAGUGUUGCAUGAAUGAGAAUCCCCUGGAUAAAAUCACUGUGAUUAAGCAAAGUUUCUGCAGCGGGAAUAUGAUGCGAGAUUUGGUCUGGUUUUCUCUCUAGCUGUAGUUAGGACUGGACCACACCCCACUUUUACUUUUGCUUCCCCAGACUGAGAGCCCGAGUGCAUUAUUACAAGUUGGCAGUCCUCCAACUCCCGCAUGGUACUGGAGUUUAAAGAGUUUCUAGUUUGUUCUUUUGGGGUAGUAGGGUAACACCUUCCUGAGGCCUAAACCUUGAGCUGGACCUUGCACCAUAGACUUAAUAAAACAUGUUUUCAUUGAUUUUUCACUGUUCUCUGUGCACACACACACGCUAGCAUUUCCUCUGCAUUUAAAUAGCACAAUUAUGAAUUGCAGCCUGUUAAAUGCUUCCUAGUUUCACCUGGAGCUACAUCAAGGAAUUUGCAGAAAAAGAGGCGAAAUCAAAAAACAGAAUUAUGUGAUCACUUUGCAAUCACAGAAACAAAGAAAUGAUGGCUGCUGUGAUUACUUUUCAAGUUGUGUAAUCCCAAAUCAGAGGCGCAAUAAUGGCUGUGUGUUAGUGGUGCAACGGAUCAUCAUUGAUCCGUGAUCCGUUCGGAUCGACGUGUUCGGUUCGGCACACAUGUGAUCCGCGGAUCGAUUUCUGAAAGCGGAGAAAGGAGGAGCUCGAACGCCCCGCGACACUUAAAUCCCCUGUAUGGGAGCAUUUUGGCUUCCCUGUCAAUUAUGAUGAAGAAGGAAAGAGGUCAGUGUACAAAACUGCGACGGAGUGUAGGCACUGUGGCAUAAGAAAGCCAUAUGACAGUGGAAACACAUCGAGCAUGUUCACGCAUUUGAAGCGACAUCAGCCGGGUGUUUUACUGACAGGUGUUGUGCCGUAGAUUGCACCCCUGCCGUAGAACGCACCCCCCGCAUCCCCUCCACCCGUUAGCUUCUUAAAGUGGAGAUAAUGAUCUCAUAUUUGAUAUGAAUAGCCUGAAUGAAAUUAUUAAAGGCAAACGCUGUUGAAUACAUCCAACGUAAGGAAAACUUGUAUUAUUUCGCCUUGUUAUGUACUUUCAACCGCGCUCCCGUCAGGGGGUGCACUAUACGGCAGGGGUGCAUUCUUUGGCAUAACACCUGAGAUAAAACGAAAGCUGCCCAACAACCGCUCAUCACCGCAGCAUUUAAGCAGCCUCUUCCUGCGCAAUCCGACCAGGCUAAAGCUUUCACAAACUCUAUCGGUGUGUUUAUAGCUGCAGACAUGAGGCCGUAUUCAGUUGUGCAAAACGAGUGCUUUAAAAACAUGCUGAAAGUGCUUGAGCCACGUUACGACAUCCCAUCGCGCACACACUUCAUUUUUGGUUCAUUGUUACAUUUUAAAGGAAGGAGAUAUGCCUGUAUAUUGUACUUUAAGUUGUUUUUCAUUAAUAAUUAUGUUAAAAAGAAGAUAUUAUGCCCUGUGCACUACUUUUAUAUAUUUUAUUUGUCUUGUUUUUUUUUCUUUUUGCUGAUCCGAAAAAUGAUCCGAUCCGUGACUCUUGAUCCGAGGAACGAUCCGAUCCGUGAGUUUUGUGAUCCGUUGCACCACUACUGUGUGUAGUGACUUUGUAUGUGAUAAUCCUUCAGAGAAAUGUAAUACUUAAAAUAGAACUUCUAGGCAUUCUGUUUAAUUUCACUAAUACCUGUAGCAACAUGUCCACGACAAAGUAGAGUCCUCCUUUGGCUCCACGCUCAGCUCAGAAGGCUCAGUGGAGCUGAACCCAGUUAAACUGUUAAAAUGAAUUAUUCAGAUGCGUCCAGAUGAUCUUCUCAAACAAAACUGGAUGCCAGUAUCCUGAAGCAGUUGUAAGAUUACUGUUGGAUACUUUUGUAAGUGUGUCAAAAAUAGUCAAAUCAAAUCCCUUUAUAGCUCAGACUGAUGCCUGAAAACUUCAAUAUUUGUGAUUCUUUAUCUCAAGCCUUGUUGACUUGUGCUUCCCCAAGCUAGGCCAACAAUAACAGAGAGGUUUAAAACCAUGAUUCAGUCAGUUUUCAGAUGAAAUACAGAUGUUUAUGAUGAAGUACAGAUGUUGCAUGGUCAUUUCUUGUGUCAGUUCUUGAAAUGAGUGGUGGCUUGAAAGGUCAGUGCAACAUGUCUCACAAACUGUGAGUGCGAUACUUCUGACAUUUCCUUCCACAUUUGACCAUGAAAACAAACUAGGUUAGCUCUAUUAGCUGAUUAUUUUCUGACCAAUCAAGAAAAGCCUCUCAUAUCUGUAUCUAUUGUCAGAAGUUGGGUACAGUACUGUGUGGGGCCUGGUUUAGUUUAGUACAGUUUAGUUUGGUUAGGUACAACAAACCUUGGCCUUGUUUCUACAACAGACUGUACUUACCCUGGUGCUUCACCAAGGGGGCUGCCCAAUGGCUUUAUUUUUUUUUUUGUAGUUGAUGUUGGCCAAGUAGACCAGUUCUUGAUUUUUUCCCCAUGAAUCAUGUGGAUCCUGGGACAAAAGACAGAGAAAAAUCAUACUUAUUCGCUCUGUGUCAGCCAUGUUUAUUCCACAAGUGUGAAAAUGUACUAUGGUUGUACAUCCAGAACGCCUUCAAGAACUUGAGUCUCUUGGAGAGACUUCUCUUCUUUUCACCCAACAGUGUUAUUCUGAAGCUAACGUUGUUGUGUCUGGGACAGUUAUUAGGUGAAAGGGUGCUUUGCGCAGCUACAAAGUGCACAUUCAUUCGAGCUUAAGGUGAACUUUUGCUUGAAAGAAUUGUCAUUGAUAAAGUUGGCUGCUGCUAGGCUAUGUUACUUAUCGCAUAACAUCAAGUUAUGUGAACAUAAAGGUUGGGGGCGAAUACUCGGAUAAUCAAGUAUUCAUUACCAUACACUACAUUUCACCACUUAGCUUGCAUUAUUCUUAGCUGAAGUAACUAUCGUGAUGUAAUUUCCCCGAGAGCCACUGAGGUGUACUAUAGCCUGAUUUACAAUUGACGCAUCUACCUUAGCUUACUUGUUUCCCAGGGUAAAUGAAACAGUUAAUCAAAGUCACGUUUGCUUUGUUGAUUUUUCCAUACUUGUUGAAGCAACCAAGUGCAAAUAAAAGACAAAGGCAAAAUCAAAGAAUGUUGACAAUGUUCAUGGUCAAAAACUGUGAGAUUGUCCAGCUACAGAAACACCUGCCAUUAAUUCCAUCUUCUUCUACUUAUCAUGAACAGACAAAGGAAUAAACGCCACCUGGUGUGGCACCAGGACAAUUACAAAUGAUAAAGGUUUCAAAACACAAACCUAACAAAUAUAUAACAGAUGGCUUUAACAGUAACUCAGCUCAGUUAGCUUACAGGUACAUGCAGCAUGUCAGCCGUGACCAGGAAAAGUGAUGUGUGGAAGUAUUUUGACAGAAAGGACAACAGUGCAGUGUUGUUUUCGUUGAUGAUGACGUUGACAUCAACGAAAACAACACUGCAGAAUAUAUGUUUAGGGUUUGACUGACGAAAUGCUCUUGAAUUUUGCAACUCUGUUCGUCGUCCACCACUAACGUUUUCGUCUAGUCUCGUCUCAUCAACAUAAACGCACAUUCGUCUCGUCACAUUUCUGUCAUCUAAGACUUUUAUGUUUAGCUCGUCAACGUCACGUCUUCGUUGUGGGGAAAAAAAGGGGCGUUGACGAAAACAACACUGGUGCAGUAGAGGUGGGAAUCAGUAGUGGCCCCAUUAUCAUUAUACUUGGGCCAUGAUACAAUAUUAUUGCGAUUUUUACAAUUUCUAAACUGUUAAGCUAAUUUAGCAUUUGUCUUUCCUUAAUGUUUGUCUUAUUUACGCUGUAUUUUAUUUUCACAUAACACAUCUUGCAAACCUUAUAUAUGUUGUACUAACUUUCUCCUGCUCCAUGAUGUCACCUCUGCCAACUUCACUGGACAAACAGUUGAUUUUAUUUUUCCAUUUUCAUAGAUUUGACUUCACAUUAACAAUUAAUUUGAAAAAUUGAUACUAGGUAAAUGAGACGAUAUCACCAGACAAAAUAUCGCGAUACUAUGCUGUAUCGAUUUUUAUUGUCCCAACCCCUACUGUGGAGAUAUGCAGAGUCAAACUUAUGUGUCAUAGAAAUACUAGUUUGAUGCUUGACCACAUAAUCUCGAAGUGUUGACAAAGUCAUUGUCACCACAGACUCAUAGCCGAGUCUUACCAAAGAGUCACACGUACAACGGUAUGAUUUGUACGAACUCGAUUACUCAUUUAUAAAGUAAUUUGAUUACUCCAACAUGUGGAUGCCCGUCUCUAGGUACAGCUCAUUGUUGUUCUGUUUAUUUCAGCUGAGGCUCAAGACUGCAAAAGUCAGCUAGCCUGCUAUUCUCUUAAACUUGAGUUGUGGUGAUGGGAAUACAAGCAAGAUGAGGGCUCACCAUACAAAUCAUACCAAACCAUGCCAGACUAUUGGGUGGAAAUGAACCAUUUAGGUAUACUAGUUAGCAAGCAUUAAAUCGAUGCAACACAACAGUUACACCUUACUUAUUCUAACAUCGGUACAUGACACAUCAUUUGUUGAUGUUUGUCAGUCGUGUAAAUAUUUGCCAACCACUUUAGAUGGAGCCAAUCCAGCCCUCUCAGAAUUCUGCAGCUCCUCGGCUGACUGGAGACAAUAAAGAGGAGGAAUUGGCCCCCUCUUCGCUGCUCUCCACAAACUGAUUUCCAUGAGGUUGUAGGGCAUUUGGGAUACUCAUUAAAAAAACAAACAAACAAUAUCCCAAUACUUUUGGCGAUUAUGAGAUCGUAAUGAUUGGAAUCAUUCGCAUCCCUCUUAUCUUAACUUCAUUUUAAUGUAGUUAAGUUGCUUCAUGGGUAGCAGCACAACUUUUGCACCCUUCUAAUCUUCUGUUGCAGCUCACUAAUAUGAUGCUUCUGAGUUUAACCACAUGUCUCUUCUUUGUCACAACCUUGCCUAACUUGGUGCUAAUGUGAAGCAUCAGUGCUUUCUAAUAGGCUUUUAAAGCUUCUCCUGAAAUCUAACACAUGCACUCCUCCUUGCAGUGAGCCCUGCAGCUUGGAGCCGGUGGUCUGACACCCUUUCUCUCUGUAACUCAGGGGGCUGAGUUAUUUUUGGGGCGGGGUGGAGAACAUGCUGGAUAAGCACAGCUGGUGGUGUAAAUGUUGCUAAAUUUACUCGAGAUGCUCAGUGUGCAUUUACUAGCAUCUGUAAAAUUAGAUUGUGCAGAAAAACUAGUGUUUCUGACGGUAUUGUCCACCAGACAACAAUGACAAAGAGGCAGGUUUAUCUCUUUCCUACUAACCUCACAACCCAGAACAGAGGGACGUUUCACAUACAUGCACCUGCUUUGUGCCAGUAAGCACAUUUUAGUGUCACAUUGUCCUUCGAACAGGUCAGUUAGAGUUCAGUAUGUAGAUGAAGCAGCACCUUAGACCGUCUCUGCUCUGCUCCUGCCAGUGGUGUAAUCUUCCACUACUUUCAGCUCUGAGCUACUUGAAAUUUCAUAACCGACCUUGGCAUUCUUAUGUGUCGUUGACGUCAUCUUUGUUUCACCAGCAGUGGGACAACGCAGUGCCAUCUGCCAGCUUGACUCUUUCUGUCUCACUCAGUCACACGCACUCACACACGCACCCACCAUCUCCCCUGACAGCCAGUGAUCAGCUUAAAAAGGGAGGUGCUUUAGAGUUGAUUGUGCAACUGCAUACCUAAAUAUAACUUGGGGGCAGAAAGCUGGUAAUAGUUCCUUGAAAGUUCCUGAAAUUUUGUGUUUGAGACUAAAAUGUAUUCCAUCACAAGAGGAGGACAUUAUUCAAAAGACCGUGUGUUACAUUAAUAAGAAUACUUCCUUGAAAUUCAAGGGGAUUUUAUGUCUGAUCAUCUCACUUGCAGUACAUUGAAUGUGCAGCUAUAAUUCCUGCGUUGAUAAAAGUUAAAUUUCUGGCUAAAGCAUGGGGAGUGCUUAAUUUUUAAAACCCAUAAUAACCAGUUUUCAGAACUGCAGAGACCUCACACAUGAUGAUUACUGAUGUUACUGAUGAUGACAGAUUUCACUGUUUUCUUCCUGUGGUUGUUAAAUUUGGCUUACGGGUCCUUUCACACCAGAACAGUUUUUGUCGUGCGAUUAUUUCAGACGUCAAUUUUUUUUUCGAACCCGUAUCCUGUCAAUACAAGCCUUCACAUCAGCGACGUUUUCCCAUGCUGCGAUAUUUCGGCAUUUAUUUUUUCGGAUCAUGGUCGAUUUUUUUUUUAAAGUUUCGCAUACUGUGUGUCCACUUCUGACCAAUCAGAUUGCGUGUUGUUGCGACGCCAGAUUCACCGGUAUAUCCAACAUGGCCGACCAGCUGACUGUUGACGUGUCAGAGAACAGAGUGCUUUUUGAUAAAAGACACAAACAUUACAAAUAUAACGACCUGAUAACGACCAUAUGAGGAUGAUUUGUGUGGUUAAACAGUUUGCUAAACGUCUUUGUUUUAACUUUCAUCUGUGCUAACGUAAGCUACCGGUUGUUACCAUAGUUUCAUGUGUUUAUCUUAUCGCCUCUGAUUGGCUCUAAGUGAUGACCGUUUGGCUUUAGCGUGUGAUGACGUUUCCAGCUUUUCUAGCCAAUCAGAGGCAAAGGAGGCGGGACUUUCCCCGGCAAAAGUCUUCCCGGGAUGCGUCUUUUUCCCCUAGAAAGUCGCAAAAUUGCAUCUGGCGUCAAAAUUCACCUCCAAAUAUUUCAUACUUUAGCGUCUAUAUUCGUGUCGGCCCCGGUGUGUAAGGACCUUAAGAAUAAAAACCUUUGCAGACCAUGGGAGCUAGCUGUUGCUUGCUGUGUUGCUUCCUGGUACAUCCGUUGUAGUUGCAACUAGUUUUCUGACCGCUAUCUCAAGUUUUAUGUUUAGUAUUAAUUAUUAGGGGUGUCCCAAUACAACUUUUUCACUCCCAAUACAGUACCGAUAUUUUAGCCUUCAAUAUAGGCCGAUACCGAUAUUGAUCCCAUAUUGGCACAAACUUGUGCGUAACAAGUUUUGCACUCCAAAGCUCCAUGGGAGCUCGUCCACGCACGCACGCACGCACGCACGCACACACACACACAGAAGUCUGAUCCUUAAUUUUGAACAUAUUUAAUAUUUAUUUCAAGUUUGGGCGGCUCCAGUCGUCUUCCACACAGAUCAUUGGGGAUUUGUUGGAAGGGGGGGGAUCAGACCCAAUGGUCAGGCUGAUCUUUGAGAGAGUGCCAUGCUUAAACCAGACUCUUCUUCUCCAUUUUGGUUCCAUCAAACCUUAUCCCUACACUGAAGUUCAGGGGCUUGGGGUGUCCAUCAAUCACUGCACCUUAAAUAAUAAAAAAAAAUAACUGUGUUUACAUCCAUUAAUCAACCCUCAAAAAAAAUCAUCUUCCCAGAUUCUGACAUGUAUUUUGUCAGACACUACAAGAAAGCUGAGGAGCUCAGUCUGCUUUUUUCCAAACAACAUUGUUUAAGCAUAGAGAGUGUGUGGCCUUUUGGAUAUACAAAAGAAUACUGGCCAUUAUCUGCAUGUGUCAUGUUCAUACUUAGUAAAGUUCAAAUGUAUAAAAAUAAGGAUGAAAGAAGAGUAAUAAACUUCUGCAGUCUAGGUUCAUUGCUUUUCUCUAAUCCUCAUUUUUCUUGUAUCUUUAAAUGUGUUGUUUUACAGACCCCUUGCUUCAAGAAGCAUCAUCUCCCACCCUUCGCUUAAUGAUUUUUUUCUCUCGUUUUUACAGCGAUGUUACGAACACAAACAGUACAGAAAUGGGCUCAAGUUCUGCAAACAAAUCCUGUCAAACCCAAAGUUUGCAGAACAUGGAGGUAAGCGGAAGAGAGUCAUGCAGGUGUACACUCACAGGCCCCGUGUCCUGUAUGUCUAAAUGUCUUCUGUGCCCUUGUCCCUCCUCCAGAGACGCUGGCUAUGAAGGGCCUGACCCUGAACUGCCUGGGAAAGAAGGAGGAGGCCUACGACCUGGUGAGGAGAGGCCUGCGCAACGACCUCAGGAGCCAUGUCUGUAUCCUUACUCACAGUGUGGAGGUUUGCUGCAUUUGUCCUUUUUGGGUGCAGACCCUCAGCUAGUGUGUCGGUAAAAACUAAUUGUUCUAAAUGAGGAACUAAGAACGUGCUCCUCGUGCUUUCCUCCUUUUUUUUUUCCUCCUUGUGUUUUACUUUCCUCCUGAUCUUCCUCCUUCACCUGCUUUUACUCAUCCUUCUCCUUUUCUCACCAUGAAGCUGUCUGUGCUGUUUGAGAAAGUAGAUUUUCCAAACUGGAAUUUAGACAAUGAUUUAACUGCCAUUUUUAUUCAUCUCCCUCCCCUCUUUAUUGAGUUCAAAGUCCGAAUUAACAUGUAAGAAACAUUUAAAAAAGUAAUUGAAGUCGUCUGACAGACCAGGAGAGAUGGGUUUGGUUGCAGUAACCUCUGCGUCUUUGACUCUUUUUUUGCUCCUUAACUCUGAGUCCCAGGCUGGCAUGUUUACGGCCUCUUGCAGCGCUCUGAUAAAAAGUAUGAUGAGGCCAUCAAAUGUUACCGAAACGCUCUGAAGUGGGACAAAGACAACCUGCAGAUCCUCAGAGACCUGUCCCUCCUGCAAAUCCAGAUGAGGGACUUGGAGGGCUACAGGGUGAGUUGUCUGUUACUCUGUGACCGGGGUACAGAGCCCAGUCUAAGGUCCAAAUCUGAGUGUAAAAGGUAGAUUUAGGGAAAUUUCAGUGGACCAACCCUCAGUGAAAGUAUUUUUGGUGAAAAAAGAAAACAUGCAUCUAUUAGUCUCAUAGCCUGGUUGAAGACUCAGUUCAGCUCAAGUUUGAAGAUGACGAGGCAUAUCAGCAGGCAGGUAUCGGGUUGCAGUCAGUCCUCACUAUGUAGAACAGUUCUCCUGGGACAUAGCUCGGGCUUUACACUAUAAUUCACCGAGGACAGGGCCAGCUGAGUUCAGACUCUCCUGUGUUGGUUGUGAUGUUAAACAAUAAGCCUUUUUUUUUGGAUGCGUUGUUUUCUAGGAGACACGGUACCAGCUGUUACAGCUGCGCCCAGCGCAGCGGGCCUCCUGGAUUGGUUAUGCCAUUGCCUAUCACCUCCUGGAGGACUACGAGAUGGCUGCUAAGAUCAUCGAGGAGUUUAGGAAAACACAACAGGUUAGACCUGAUGACAACGUUAGAGUUUGAUCCAAGUGUUGUGUGUCUUUUUCAAUGAUACACCAUUCAGGAGGUCUUUGAUUGGCUGAUUGAUGCUCCAUAUUUACAGUUUUGUGCUUUAAGGCCAAACAGACUUUCUCUUUCACAGGGUUGUAAAUAUGGGCGUUGUGAAAAGGUCACAUCUACAAUAGAGCUCACUUUUCCUCCCUUUUGCUUGCUCCUGAUAAGACCAGUCUGCAUCCUGUCUUUGUGCCAUCUAUGGACCACAACAAACUAGCGUGACCGGGCAACUACCCAUACACACCUAGAGUUAAAUUAGGUUUCCUUUACAGCGGAGAUCCAGAAAUUCACCCCGCAGCUCCAGCAGUGUUCAUUGUUCCUUGUGGAAAGUGUUGAUGUCACCACCACCUGUUUGUUUUUCCAGACGUCCCCAGACAAAGUGGACUACGAAUAUAGUGAGCUGCUGUUGUACCAGAACCAGGUGCUGAGGGAGGCAGGUCUAUACAAGGAGGCUCUGGAGCAUUUGUCCACCUAUGAGAAGCAGAUCUGCGACAAACUGGCUGUGGAGGAGACACGAGGUGGGUCACAGUCCAAGUCCUCCAUACAGUGCUGCCUCAGUACCUCUUGUACAUUGAUAUCAUGGUUUAAAAAAAUCUCCUGGGCACUUAAAAUAGUUCUUAAUUUUGACCCAAACAUUGAAUUUAUUAGAUCAAACUUUAUUGAUCCUUUUGGGAAGGAUUCCUUAAGGACAUUGAACAUUUGUGUAUUUAACAUACAUACAAACGAUAUGUUACCAAUUAAGUUGUCAUAUGCAGUGUGUAUCUGUAGAGUAUGCGCUCAGAGUCAUUGUGCAGCGCUGUGGAGUUCCCUGUCAGCCGUCAGCAGGUCAGGACUAAUAGAGAGCGUACAGACCAGGUGACACCACCGUGUCUCGCUCCUUUGUUUUCCUCUCUGCCUGCAACAGAUAGAAAUGUCACAUGUCUUUGUGAGACGCUCAAAGGACCUCACAGACCCCAGUGUUGGCUGGCCUGUGAAUGAGGAGAGUUAGCGGUGCUGUGACUGUGACAGAAGGUGGAGCAGAGGCACAAAGCCAGCAGGCAGGAGAACAACCGGAGCUGCAAGCGAAAACGGAGUCGAGCACCGUGUCUGCACGUUUGUGCAGAGAUGUGGAUACGUUGAUGAGUUCUGUUGGUAGUAACCGCGUUUUAACAACCAUCAAAUACUUUUUUAACUCGUUUUGCUGCUUUGUUUACCAGUGUGAGCUCUGGUUGGUAUAAAAAUAGGGAUUUUAUUUUUUUUUGUAAGGAUUAAUCUCUUUUGAUACUACCAAACAAAAAAUGGAAACGUUAUCAUUUUUAAAGACAUUGGAUUGAAAAGUAUUAAAAUGUUAAAAAAAUUGGAUGAACUUAGUCUAAACUAGUAGUUCUCAAGUCAACUGUCACACCUGAUUCAAAUGAUCAGCUCGUUAUCAAGCUCUGUAAUGGCUUAAUAACGAGCUGAUCAUUUGAAUCAGGUGUGUUGGAGCAGGGAAACAUCCAAAACAUGCAGGACAGUGGGCCUUAAGGACUGGACUUGAGAACCAGUGCUCUAAACCAACAUGCACAGAUUUUUGUUAGUAAAUAUUAAACAGUAAAUUUAACAGCAAUGUUUUCUGACUUUCUCUGUGGGCUUUAAUGUAACUGUGAAAUGUAAAUAUAGAUUUAAAAAGAGCAUUAAACUUUUUAUAAAAAGGUACACUGCUAAGAAAUGAACAUCAACUUAUUUCAGCCUCUUAAAGUGAGAUAUAUGUAUUCAAAUGUUUCUUCAACAACCACCAAAACAAACCAGGUGUCUGAGAGUGACUUGAAAUGAAUCUAUUGUAUUUGUUGAAUGAUGUAUUAUUGAGCUAAACGAGUGACUAUGUUGCACAGAAAUUGCAGAGAAGUGUAGCUCAAUGGGGUUAGCAAUAGCGGCCACACCCUGUCCUCACUUUAAGCAGUGGUCCUGAUAUUUCAUCAGUUUGACCUUUUCAAAAUUAAGCUUACUCUUACUGUUUUCUCUGUGCUGCCUUCCCCGGUGUGACCUUAAAAACUUAAAAAAGAGAAAGCCACCCAAGUUUUUUCAUUUAAACACAACUUCAAACUAUAGGUUCAAAGUAAGGUAGAGCAGCUUCUCACACAGGAGCUCUUCCCUCUGUGUCCACAGGAGAGUUACUGUUACAGCUGGAGCGUCUGGAGGAGGCAACAGAAGUGUACCACCGUCUGCAGGAGAGGAACCCUGAAAACUGGUCCUAUUACCACGGCUUGGAAAAGGCACUCAAACCAAGUAAAACACAUUUUCAAAUUUUUUUUUAAGGGUUCCCCAGCAUGAUCAUCGUCAAUAAUCAAAAUAUAUCCGUCUAUAAAGCAGUAAUACUUUUUUAUGUCCUUCUCCAGGUAGUGUCGAGGAGAGACACAAGAUCUAUGAGGACGCCUGGGAGAAGUUUCCUAAAGGACUGGUUCCUCGUCGGCUGCCCCUCACCUUCCUCUCUGGUGUGGCUAAUGUUGUGUUUCCUCUCAGCUAAAGUCAUGCGAAGUGAUUCAUAUCUAUUAAGUCGGGGAAGUGUAUUUAAAAUUUCCUUCAUCUCUUGACAGGUGAGAAGUUCAGAGAGUGUCUGGACAGGUACUUGAGGAUGAACUUCAGUAAAGGCUGUCCACCCGUCUUCACCACCCUUAAAUCACUGUACAACGACAAAGAAAAGGUGACGGCACUGCGGCACUGAGCAUGUCAGACGACUGCUCUAAAUCUGAAUCAUGAUGUCACUACUUCCUUACUUAAACCUUCUUACGUAACGAACCAGAGGAAGUGAGGUCAAUCAGAGGGAGAGCCUCUGGUGUGAUAGCUUCAAAUUAAAUUACACAUACUUCAUAUCACCAGCAAACUCACGUUCAGUGUUCUCUGUCUCUCCACAGGUGGCAAUAAUUGAGGAGUUGGUGGUGGGCUAUGAGACCACAUUAAAAAGUUGUCGAAUGUUCAACCAGAAUGGUGAGGAACAAUUUCAAAUCAGGAUGAUGUAAAAAGGCUGACUUCUGUUUAUUUUAGUGUCGCUCCAUGAUCCACGUAAAUGCUAUGAAUACUUUAUAAACGCUUAUGCAAAGUGUUUCUGAGGAUCUAUUCUGGGUAAGAUAGAAGUCAGCAGGUUGACAUCUCCGCUGCAGACAAACAGACUCGAGGAUAUUCCACGAUCUGAAUUAUCAGUCAAGGCGAUGCUGAUGUGCUCUUGUACUUGCCAGAAAAAUUGAACACAGGAAGGAAAUGUGCCAGACUGUAAACGUACAAAACUAAUGUUUAAGCUGAUGAGGUUUUUAAUCAGUGAUUGGAAAAACUGUGGAUCCAGGGCGACAGUUUCACUUGCAUUUGCGAGUAAAAAUAGAUGUGUGCGAAUUGCAAAAUGUAUGUAGGGGCACAUGUACGCUUAAAAAAUAAUCAGCUGAGGCAACAAAUGUUUUUUCAUGUAAAUACUGCAGUGAAGUUAGUUUUAGGUUGGAUAUUCGAUGGACAUUCACUGAGGAUCUAUAGGUGUCUUCUCACUCUCCAUAAUCGGGAAUAGCAACAGCAGUGCGGUUAAAUCUACUCGGCACCCUCGCUGUCGUCAGGUGUUGAAUAAGGGACCAUCAAUAAGUUACUGGUUGAUCUUAUUAAGGCCGUUUCCCUUCAAUAGCUUUCAUGUCAUGUGACCAAUUGACCUAAAAUUUAUUUCAAAUAAGAGUACUUAUUACUUAUCGACCAAUAAGACACACAUUAUUUGAUCAAUUUUCAUUGUGCCCCUAAAGUUCUUUGUGUGCUCCUAACUUUUUCAACUGAGGAGCACAUGUGCUCCUUGUGAAAAAAGUUAGUGUUAAGCCCUGGGAUCCAUUUCAUAGGAGGUGAUUAAAACAGGUAAAAAUGCUCCUCAGUUUUAGCUAACAGUUUGUUCAGAUGCUACAAUCCUCAAGCAGGUGACCCGGGCUUAUUUUCAGCAUGUGGCGCUUGGCUGUCCUCUCUUCUCAGACUUAAAUCGUAGAAGGCAGAAAAUGUUUCUCAGAAUCAGUCAUCUACCAUCUUUGGGUGAUGAGAGGUGUUAUUCCACUGUGAGACUGCGGUUAUGAAAAGACUUAACAGUCAAGAAGACAUCGGUUUUAAGCCUCAUUUUCUUUGCUUCACCAACGCCGUCACUCCUCGGUCAAUUUAGGAGACGAGUUUUGUCAGGCUUUUGAUAAGAGCUAAUAUAUAGCUCAAUUUGGGUUCUUACCACAGACUGUGUUAAACCAGCUGCUUACUGACAUAAACCAGGGGAAAAUCAUCAAAUCAGGGACAUUUAGAAAGACGCAUGGAGGUGAUGAAGGAGACACUUGCUGCAGAUAAAUGGUUUAGAGAAGGAAACAAACGGCGAUGUAGCUGGUUGUCCUAACCGACCCUUUUAUCUCGUCAUUAUAAACAGUUUUCGCCACAAUUCACGUUUUCAGCUUUUUGCCUUUUGCUUUUCCAUCUCUAUUUAGUCAGUAAAAAAUGACCGAAUCAUAAAUGUUUCUCUUAUCUGUAUGUGUGUCAGGUACCAAAUCUUCUACACUCUGAUGCCUUCAAAUAAAAAACCUACUUCCAUGUGAUUUACUAUAAAUUUACCGUCCGUUGAAAUAACAUCAUCAUUAUAAUGCAAACUUUGUUAGGUCUGUCCCUGAAAGUAUUUAUUUGUUAAACAAUCAGUCACUUGUGAUGCAUAUUAGGAAGUCAGGAAAUCUGACCGCUGGUGUGCUUCUCUAAAAUAGUGUCGAGCAAGUUUGUGUCAUAUCUUAUCAAAGGAGACAAAUAAUCAUCAGGUUGAUGUCGGCGGUGCAUGUUCCGGAAUACCCCCUAGUUUGCUUAAAAGGGCUGAUCAAAUAUACUCAGGCUACAAACGUACCAUGAAUGAAAAACAAAAAUGUUUACCAUGCAAAUAAAUCCAGACCCAACAGAUCAGCGAUGGAUCACACUGAUUUUUUACCUCACAGAUGUAAUUGUUUCAGUCCUUUGUUUAACCCUUGACACAAACUAACACCAUCUUUUUUCACGUGGCAGAUGAUGGUAAAGAAGAACCCCCAACCACGUUGCUCUGGGUUCAGUACUUCCUGGCACAGCACUAUGACAUGAUUGACCAGCAGACCCUGUCGCUAGAAUACAUCAAUGCAGCCAUUGAGAGCACGCCUACACUCAUCGAACUCUUCCUUAUCAAAGCCAAGAUCUACAAGGUAACCUGAUCAACAUUUGUUUGUGUGUCGAUUGAGAAACAGAGAGUUCCCCUGGUGCUGUUUUCAUGGAUGUCGAAUGACCUUUAUUCUCCUUCAGCAUGCCGGGAACAUCAAGGAGGCAGCUCAGUGGAUGGAUGAGGCCCAGGCUCUGGACACAGCUGACAGAUUUAUCAACUCCAAGUGUGCCAAGUACAUGCUGAAAGCUGGCAUGAUCAAGGAGGCGGAAGAAAUGUGCUCCAAGUUCACACGGGUGAGAAGAUCUGUGUGCACACUAGGACGAACUGACAGCUGACAAGCCAGGAGACGUUUUGAGAAAUAUCAAUACGAACUCAGGGCCCCAUUUCCUCCUGAGUACAAAUAUGAAGAACUUGUAAAACUGGGAAAUCUUUAGCUAAUACUUGUGACCUUCAUGUAACCCUGAAAAAAACUCAAAUUCCUUUUUUUUUAUUAAUAAUCUCACCUGGAAGAUUCACACUGAAUUAAAAACACAAGCCUUAACUGUGAGAAAUAUAUGAGGUACAGAUACAUGACAAUGCUGAAUUCUGAAACAUUCAUUUUAAAAAAGAAAAGAUUAGUCGUGCUUUUUUGUAAAAAUAUCAUCUCGGUGUAACUACAUUGAUCCGUUGGCGCCUGCUUUAAAAGAGGCAUCUGUUUCUACAAAUGAGUUUCACAGCCUGGGUGAAUCUAAACAAGCCUGGUCAUGGGACAUUACCCUUGGGAGUCUGAUACUGCUUUAAGACACAGCCACCCAUGUUGUUGUCUCCUUAAUUUGCACCCAACUUACUUACGUGUGCCAGCAUGGCUGCUUAGUUUCUAACCAUAUAGUCACCCUGUUUCCUCACAUUUGAUGCCAUAAAAUCCCCCCACUCAUUCUGUGUUCCUAUGAUUUUAGAAAACAUCAAUGAGGAGAAAAAUGUUUCCACAUUCAGCUGAAACAGUUUGUGUAAUCUGGGCUUGUGUUUUGGUUUGUUUUUCUAUAGGAGGGAGCUUCAGCAGUGGAGAACCUGAAUGAGAUGCAGUGUAUGUGGUUCCAGACGGAGUGUGCACUGGCAUACAAGAGCAUGAGCAAGUUUGGGGAGGCUCUGAAGAAGUGCCAUGAAAUCGAAAGGGUGAGUCGUUUGAAUUAAGAGUUAUACAGGCACUGAUUACACAUUCCUCUUUAAUUUUCCCCGUUUUCCUUGCAUGUGUGGGUCAUAACCUCGAUUGUUUCGGUCUUCUUUUACCUUCAACAGCAUUUUGUAGAGAUCACAGACGACCAGUUUGAUUUCCACACAUACUGCAUGAGGAAGAUGACAUUACGCUCGUAUGUGGACCUGCUCAAGCUGGAGGACGUACUCCGAAUGCACCCCUUCUACUACAAGGCUGCCACCACGGCCAUCCAGAUCUACCUGAGCCUCCAUGACAAUCCCCUCACAGAUGACAGCAAGGAGCUGCAGGCUGACACUGGUGAGGCCAAGACAGAGGAUACAGGGUCCUCCUCAGAAAAACUUGAUUUGUAAAUGCUCUUAAUACUACUAACACGAUUAGAAUAUUGAGAACAGGCUUCAUGUAUUUUUAGGAUUCGUGAGGUGUAAAGUGAAAUACUUGAAGCCAUCAUUUGUUGUACUUUCAAUGAUCUUGUCUUACAGAUCACGAAAAUCAGCUCCAGUGUCACAGAUAUCGAGGAUAUUUCCUCAAAUCAAUCACAAAAAUUUUACUUUUAAAACAUUUUGUCAUUUUUAUAUUAAACCUUCGGUUGGGAGUUCUUGACCAUGAAUGACUGAUAUGUUUGGCAUGGAUGUUUUUCAUUCUCCUAUUGACAAAUGUCACAAAGGUUCUCUGUAAGGUUUAAGUCUGGUGAAUUUGGCGAAAUUAUCACACGGACAAAAUACCAUGAGGCAGUCGUUUUGACACUGUGAGCAGGUGCAUGUUGCUGCAUUCCAGUUACUUAGGAUGUCGGAGCUGGGAAUGACACUACACCCUAGUUGAUGGCGUUCGAGUUACCAAGACAAAUGUCUACUGUUAGCCGUUGUUAGCUGUUGUUUCAAUUUUCAGCUGUUGUUAGCCGUCGUUAGCCGUUGUUAGUGGUUGUUAGCAACGCAUAACACAGUAUUUUACUCGUACAAACACCAUAGCACCGACUUCUGAGUACAACUGGAACGCAGCAUGAGUCCUGCUCAAAAGAAUAACCACUGUUGUCAUAAAACCUGUCAGCAAAUUGAAGCAGUGCUCCAAGGUUCCCUGGUAGACUUUCUUAGGUAACUGACCAAGUGUAUAAACUUUUUUCACAGCGCUUCCUUUUAUUGAGUUGAAUCUCUAGUAAAUAACAUGAGGCCACCACAUUUUGUUCUUUCGUCAACACUUUUUUUUUUUUUUUUUCUUCCAGCUAACCUCUCGGACAAAUAG